AUGGAGAGCACACAGGAAAUUCCGCACAGAGUGUUAGAACUUUUCAGCGGCAUCGGUGGAAUGCGAAUGGCGUUGGAGCACACCGGCAAAGCCUUUACGAUCGAAUGUGCGAUCGACGUGAAUCCGAUAGCGAACGCAGUUUACAGCCAUAAUUUCGGUGAUAAAAUUGUCCGCAAUGGAAACAUAUUGAGCCUGAAUGCAGAGAAAAUUUCCAAGCUAAAUGUUAACACAAUCCUUAUGUCGCCACCAUGUCAACCUUUCACGAGGAAUGGGAAAUUCAACGACAUUAACGAUAGGCGUACGGAUCCUUUUAGGCACAUUUGCGAUCUGCUUGACAAGAUACCGUUGGUCAACUUUAUUCUGAUGGAAAAUGUGAAGGGCUUUGAAAAAUCUCAAGCAUGCCAAAUGUACAAAACCCGUUUGGAGGAGGCUGGCUUUCACUAUCAAGAAUAUAUUGUUUCACCCCAUCAGUUGGGUGUGCCGAACACCAGGCACCGCUACUACUGUGUCGCAAAACGCAAAGAAACUGAUUUUAAAUGGAAAAGUGAGGCAAUUAUCCUCCAACAGCAGGAUACUCGGAGCGAUGAACAAAUUAAUAUAGGAGCAAUCGUGGAACAGCACUUAGAAGACUCGGAACUGUAUGCGCUGAAAAGUGCAGCGUUAUUAAAGCAUCUCCCACUGAUGGACGUUUGUACACCGGAGUCAACGAAUUCGAUGUGCUUCACGAAAGCAUACACACAUUACGCGGAAGGAACCGGUUCUGUAUUUUGUCCCCUGCCGAAGGAAGAAUUCGACAAGAUUUACUCCAGCGCAAUGAAUGCUGAUGAUGAUGAUCGGAAGUUGGCUUUGUUGCAGGAACUACGGGUACGAUAUUUUACUCCAAAAGAAGUUGCUCGACUGAUGAGUUUUCCGAACCAUUUUACCUUCCCCGACAAUGUAACCAAUAAGCAACGUUAUCGAACGCUGGGCAAUAGUAUAAACGUGCUUGUUGUCGGUGUAUUGUUGCAGGAGUUGUAA